AUGGCUCAGGACGAAGACGCGCUUUUGGAGUCAGACGAUCUCGAUGAGUCUGCCACGAACUUUGAGGAUAUCGCUAAUGCGAACGAGGGCAAGGCAGAUGACGGCUGCGCAUCUGGUGACAGCGACACGGAUAGUAUGACCUCCGAAGAAAAGCUACAACUUUGGCGUGACUUGCAUGUAAACUCUGCCCCAUGCAGUGUCGGUUUCAGCGGUCAUGGUAAAAACACUUCGAACGCAACAUUAGUGCGGCCGUCAGCGGAGACAGCCUCUUACGCGGACCAAGAAGAACCUUCUGUUACUGUUAGCGGGGUGCGGUUCUCUCAUCAUACAGAGCACAACAUCAUAGUGAAUCAUUCAAGUGAACGUUCGCUAGACCUAUAUAACACAAGCCUGCUAGCUAUGCCGCAUGGUAUAUUUAAAGACGACACGAAGACAGGAACAAAAGAACAUCCACUUCCCGCAGCAACCAGAGAACUUGUUGAAACAGCAAAAGCCUUGAGCGGGGUAAAGAUCGCCCCUGGCCCGAAUCUUACGUCUUCGGCUACCUCAGCGAGCGCGCAAGUUCAGCCGCAAUCGUCGCUUACCUCUGAUCCACCAACACCGUUGUCUCCAUUUGAUCCUGACCUCGGCGCUCGGAAAACCCUUGGGAUCACACCUGAAGAAAUCGACGCCGCCAGACAAAACUGCGUUCUGGACGGGGUAGAAACUAGCAAGUUCGAGUUCGGAAUUACCCCUGGAGAAAUUGACGCUGUUAGACAGAACCUCAUUUCUGAUCUAAGGACAGAGACUAUUGUUGAUCAUAAGCCUGGAGAAAAAGGCCUUGCCAGGCCCGAAGAGAGAGAGGUAACUGUAGUUCUUCAAGCACCCGGAUAAUACAGCUAGCAUGUUGUGGUUCAGAGGAUGGGUAGAUAGCCCCGAAAUCAUAAUUGCCAGUUUACGUUGUAUUCCCUUGAUUCAGAUGAAC